AUGAAAGAAUUUGACUUUGAAUGCGUUGCUACUCUAAGUUGUUUAAAAGCAUCUUUCACAAAGGAAUCACAAAAACCUUCCCAAAAAAAGAGUUCAAAUAGCAUGUGCUCUCGAUUAGUCCUUGCUGUAGAAUUCUAUGCAGCGAUAAAUACUACUUCCGAGAAGCAAACUUUUACAAAUUCAACAAAUAUUUCAUCUGAUAAAAUAUAUUCAGCUGUAGUUUAUGAAACUAUAAUUUCUCAAAUGGUUUCAAAAAUGGUAGUUGAAAAUAGUGUUGGUCAUCUCAAACUUCUUUAUUCAAGUAUUCAUUUUUAUAAUAAUUUUGAAACAAUUCAAUUAAAAGUUUUUGAAUCAUCACCAAAACCACUUAUUCUCCCAUCACCAUAUAAACCUUAUGCAACAUCAUAUGAAGGACGAUCAAAUUUAUCUACACCUAGUGUUUCUUCCGCUGUUAAUUCUACUGAGCUGUCAAAAUAUCCUUCUUCGCCAUUGUCAAAGAAUUUUCAACGGAAACCUAAUCUUAUAGUUAAGAAAGAAAGCGCCAUUGAAAAAAUUGUUACCACUACAAUUUUCCAAUGA